GCUGAAGCCGCGGCGACCACGGUGACGGCUCCCGAGCCUCCGAGCGGGGGCGGCGGCGGCGCUCCGGCUCCUGCUGAGCCGCCUGCUAGCCCCGCGCCCCUCCCGAGCCAGCCUUACACACCGUGGCCCAGUCCGGCGCGCCCCGGGGGGCCCGGGAGCCGAGAAGGAGGGAUGCCUGUUCAGCUUGACCGAAGGAAACUCUUUCGAUAAUGUUGCUUGAUGGGAGGCAUGAUGGCCCCCAAAGACAUAAUGACAAACACACAUGCUAAGUCCAUCCUCAACUCGAUGAACGCCCUCAGGAAGAGCAAUACCCUUUGCGACGUGACCCUGAGGGUGGAGCAGAAAGACUUUCCUGCCCACCGCAUCGUGCUGGCUGCCUGCAGCGACUACUUCUGCGCCAUGUUCACCAGCGAGCUUUCAGAAAAGGGGAAGCCGUAUGUUGAUAUCCAGGGUCUAACUGCGUCUACCAUGGAAAUCCUGCUGGACUUUGUAUACACAGAAACGGUGCAUGUGACGGUGGAGAAUGUUCAAGAACUGCUUCCUGCAGCCUGUUUGCUGCAACUGAAAGGUGUGAAGCAAGCCUGCUGCGAGUUCCUAGAAAGUCAGCUGGACCCUUCUAACUGCCUGGGUAUCAGAGAUUUUGCUGAAACUCACAAUUGUGUUGACUUGAUGCAAGCAGCUGAGGUCUUUAGCCAGAAGCAUUUUCCUGAAGUGGUACAGCAUGAAGAGUUCAUUCUUCUAAGUCAAGGCGAGGUGGAAAAGCUAAUCAAGUGCGAUGAAAUUCAGGUGGAUUCUGAAGAGCCAGUCUUUGAGGCUGUCAUCAAUUGGGUGAAACAUGCCAAGAAGGAGCGAGAAGAGUCCUUGCCUGACCUGCUACAGUAUGUGCGGAUGCCCCUGCUAACCCCUAGGUACAUCACGGAUGUAAUAGAUGCUGAGCCUUUUAUCCGCUGUAGUUUGCAGUGCAGGGAUCUAGUUGAUGAAGCCAAGAAGUUUCAUCUGAGGCCUGAGCUGCGGAGUCAGAUGCAAGGGCCCAGGACGAGGGCUCGUCUAGGAGCCAAUGAGGUGCUGCUGGUGGUUGGGGGUUUUGGAAGCCAGCAGUCUCCCAUCGACGUGGUAGAAAAAUAUGACCCCAAGACUCAGGAGUGGAGCUUUUUGCCCAGCAUCACGCGUAAGAGACGUUACGUGGCCUCGGUGUCCCUCCAUGACCGGAUCUAUGUCAUUGGUGGCUAUGAUGGCCGCUCGCGCCUCAGUUCGGUUGAAUGUCUUGACUACACAGCAGAUGAGGAUGGCGUCUGGUAUUCUGUGGCCCCUAUGAAUGUCCGGCGAGGCCUUGCCGGAGCCACCACCCUGGGAGAUAUGAUCUAUGUCUCUGGAGGCUUUGAUGGAAGCAGGCGUCACACCAGUAUGGAGCGAUAUGACCCAAACAUUGACCAGUGGAGCAUGCUGGGAGAUAUGCAGACAGCCCGGGAAGGUGCUGGUCUGGUAGUGGCCAGUGGAGUGAUCUACUGUCUAGGAGGAUAUGAUGGCUUGAAUAUUUUAAAUUCAGUUGAGAAAUAUGAUCCUCAUACAGGACACUGGACUAAUGUCACACCGAUGGCCACCAAGCGUUCAGGUGCUGGAGUAGCCCUACUGAAUGACCAUAUUUAUGUGGUUGGGGGAUUUGAUGGUACGGCCCACCUUUCUUCUGUUGAAGCGUACAACAUUCGUACCGACUCCUGGACGACUGUCACUAGCAUGACUACUCCACGAUGCUAUGUGGGGGCCACCGUGCUUCGGGGGAGGCUGUAUGCAAUUGCAGGAUAUGAUGGGAAUUCCCUGCUGAGCAGCAUUGAGUGCUAUGACCCCAUCAUCGACAACUGGGAAGUGGUGACAUCCAUGGGAACCCAGCGCUGUGAUGCUGGGGUGUGUGUCCUCCGAGAGAAGUGACUGCUGUCAGAGCAGCAGCCAGAGCUGGCAGCCAAUCCAAGGAAGUUUGAGGGAGCAUCAAGGAUCCUUUCCAGAAUGUCUGGUUCUCACUGUCUGAACAGGGUGAUUACAGGCACCAGUGCAGUGAUGAUUGUACUUAUUUGUGAUGCCCACCCCUCUCACGCUGGUGGUUGUCCCUCAGAAGGGUGGGUGACAGAUGGUCAAGGGAAGAGGUUUACCUUGUAUGCACAUGCGACCAGAUCACCCCCUCUCUGGACUGAAGAGCAUUUGUCGUUUCUAACUUGCCAUGUGCUUGGGAGAAUAUACAUAUAUAGAUGUUGUGCCUCGUUUAUUGCAGAGAUGAGGCGAGUAUGGCCGACUAGAUAUGCACAGUGUACAGCCUAGAUCAUAGGAAGGGUACUGACUUGAGGAAGCGUGGCAAAAUCCAAGUUGCUUUUCCCCCAGGGCAAGUAUCUUUUCUAAUCUCCAGGUAGCCAUGGACAGCAAGUUCCAAACUUUGGGGGUCCAAGCGAGGGACUGCCUGGCACACUCUGACAUGUAGCAGGAUUGCUGUAUCAGAAUUGAGUCAGAGGAAGUGAAGUAAAUUGAGUUCAGUGGACUGUGUGAACUCAUGACACCACUAAGUAGAACCAGAAACCUGAGAGGAACAUGUCAUUUUAGAAGGACUUUCUUAUUUGCUUAAGGUCUUUCUACAGUAGAGUGUUAGCAUCUCGGCACUAGAAACAGUAACAGAAUAAACAAGUUGUUGAGAUGAGAAGAAAUGGCUUAAACAUGGGAAUUCUGUAUACCUGGGGGUAAACUAGAAGUGCUUGUGAUUUCACAAUCGUCUUAUGUCCUGCUAGGGCUCACCCAGCCAUGGCGGUGUUUGUCUUGAAUGGGUCAAAGACUCUUUGUUCAAUCAAAUACUACUACACUCACACUUCCACACUAUUUAUUUAGGAAGGGUGGUAACCUCGUCAUUGAGCAGCCAAUUACUUCCCCAUUCUUUCAAAGAGCACACUUCUGCCAGGGGAUGGAUUUUACUGCUGUGUUUGGUACAUUUUUCCUUUGAUCCUUUUUCUGCUAUGAGUUUCCCUUACCUGUCCUUAGAGUGGACUUCAUUCAUCCCAGGACAAAUUAUUUUAUUAGUUUCAGUACCUCUGUUGUCAUCAUUUCAGAGCCACCUUUUAAAGAUCCUCUGUAUUGUGGGGUACAGUACUUAAUUAUGGUAUUGUGAGUAUGGGGACAUGAUAGCCUAAGCAAGGAUGCACUUGUGCUUGGCUUUGAAGUUCCAUUUGUAUUCCUCUUUAAGUUGUAUUGACCUACAGAGUUUAUUUCCUUUGUAUUUUUUUAAGAAAAUAUUAAAAAGCAACUGUGUCAAUGA